GUAUCUAAUCAACAUUCAUUUAAAGUUUUACAGCAUCGCACAAUAUAUUUUUAAUCAAUUUGUUUUCAUAAAACUAAAACUAAACUAAACAAAUUACUCUUCGAAACUAAAUUAAGCUCAAGAAUUUGUAAAUCGUUUUAAUUUUUGUAACUUAAAAACCAAAAAUAAUAUGUCGCAGUACCAAAGUGUACCUGACACUGGAGACGAUCUGGAUAAUGAGUCCGUAGAAGUGUUGCGUGCACGCUUGAACGACAUGAAACGGCUAAUGAGUGAACGCACUGCCCAAAUACAACAGAAUCCGGCCAGCACGGAACAGAUAUGGAGCUCUAAGCGCCAAACCACAACUGGCAUUAUCGAUGGCAAUUUCCUGAGCGUAGCUUUUGGAGGUGCGCUUAUGGUAAUAGUUUCGGUUUCUGUGUACGCCUUUUACAAUUUAUAUCAUGCUAUAUUGAAAAAAUUUCCCUCACAUCACGAAGAAUUGUAAAAUGGGAAGUUUCAGCUGGUGAAAAGAAAAGCACUAUGCGGACUAUACCAAGGCGAGCCCAUACAAGGUUACUUCGCUAUAGCAACUUAUUUUAUUUUAUUUUAUUUUUUCUUGCGAUUUGAUAACUUGAAUGUCAAAAUUACCUGGUUUUUUGUUGUUGUCUUAUUUGUUUCUUUAUAUUCUCAUUGAAAUUUUGACAAUCAACCUAUCAAAGUGCAAAAAUAAAAUGCAUGUAAAUGUUAUUAUACUCUAGCGAAGUCACCUUCUAUGAAUUCUCUUUGGACUAUACGACCUAUAUUUCAUACAAGAGCGCGUUGUCAACAAAAGAAAUCAUUUCAAACACAGUGUGUUCACGUUCAUAAAGUUUACGGGUUACGUGUACACGUAAACUAAGGCAGAAUUUAUGGUUGCGAUAAAUUUAUUGUAAUAAAAUAUUUUAUGGAAAUCAUUUAUAGUUGAAUUGAACUUAAUUGAAAUA